AUGUCUUUGCAGUACUCAAAACAGCUGCUGCUGAUUGUGGUUGUUGCUGUCUUUCAUACAAAAGCAGUAACUCAACCGAUCUCACGUCCAAACUGUCCAACAAUGUGCGGCUCAGUCACCAUUCCUUUUCCAUUUGGAACCACCAAGGAUUGUUCCCUAGACAACACUUUUCUCAUCAACUGUAUCGAAACAUCUUCAACUACAUCAAACUCAACAACACAGAUACCUUUCUUACCAAACACUAAUCAAAGUGUCUUAAAUAUUUCACUUGAUGGUAAACUCCGCGUUGCAUGGCCAGUAGCCAGAGAUUGCUAUGGUGAAAAGGGUACAUUCAUGAGCCGAACAUUUCAGAAUAUCAACAUGAUGCAUUUUCCCAUCUCGCCAACUCGAAAUAAGUUGAUAGCAAUUGGCUGUGACACAAUUGGAGUAUUCUUCGCAAUGGAUUCUGGUGGAGAAACAUACACGAGUGGGUGUGUGGCUUUGUGUAACAGGCGUGAUGACAUUGUGGCGAAUGAAUCUUGUUCUGGCACUGGCUGUUGCGAGGUUUCAAUACCCCAGGGUCAUGUGUUAACAGAAGUAGUCUAUGCAUCUCAAAGCAUAUUCCACAACCACUCCUUAGUACAUAACUUCAAUCCAUGUGGUUACGCCUUUUUGGUUGAAAAUGGAUCAUACAGGUUGACAUACAAAGACCUCCUCAAGUUGGAGAAGAAGGAGUUUCCAGUGUUGUUGGAUUGGGCAAUCCGGAACCAAACGUGCGAGCAAGCAAAGAAGGAUGAUUCAAGUUAUGCAUGUAAGGCUGACAAAAGUACGUGUCACAAUGCUGGAACCGAAAAAUCUGGUUACCUUUGCAGAUGCCUUGAUGGAUAUCGGGGAAAUCCUUACCUCAAUCACGGUUGCCAAGAUAUUAAUGAAUGCAUGGAAUUCAAUGACUGUGUUAAGGGAGCAACAUGCAAUAAUCUUCCACCAGGAAGCUAUCAUUGUAAAUGCCCGACAGGAUAUGAGGGAGACGGGAAAAAUAAUGGAACAAGAUGCAGUCUCAAAUCAAGAAAAGAGCACAUGUUGAUCAUUGCAUUGAGUGUCAGUGUAAGCGUCGUAGCACUACUGAUGGGAAGCAUUUAUGCACAUUGGGCAUUGAAGAAAAUAAAGCUCAUUAAACUUAAAGAGCAAUUUUUUCAACAAAACGGUGGUUUACUCUUGCAACAACAGCUAGUGAAGCAUGGAGGGUCAACAGAAACAACUAAAGUCUUCACUGCUGAGGAGCUAAAUAAAGCAACCAACAACUUUGAUGUAGAAAAUAUCAUAGGCCAAGGUGGUCAAGGAACAGUUUACAAAGGAGUUUUACAGGAUACCAGAACCGUAGCAAUAAAGAAGUCCAAAAUCAAUGACUCAAGCCAGAUUGAGCCGUUCAUCAAUGAAGUGAUCCUGCUUUCUCAAAUCAACCAUAGAAAUGUCGUAAAACUCUUGGGUUGUUGUUUAGAAACAGAAGUACCCUUGCUUGUUUAUGAAUUUGUUUCCAAUGGCACUGUUUAUGAGCAUCUUCAUGAUCUAAACCAAUCUUUAAACCUUACCUGGAAAACAAGACUAAGAAUAGCAAAAGAAACUGCUGGAGUCCUGGCAUACUUGCAUUCUGCUGCUUCUACACCAAUCAUACAUAGAGAUGUGAAAUCUACAAAUAUACUACUAGAUGACAAUCUCACUGCAAAGGUUUCUGACUUUGGAGCUUCGAGGAUUGUCCCUCUUGAUAAAACUCAGAUAACAACUCUAGUGCAGGGGACAAUGGGGUAUCUUGACCCAGAAUACUUCCAAACAAGCCAGUUAACAGAGAAGAGUGAUGUAUAUAGCUUUGGGGUUGUUUUAGCAGAGCUACUGACAGGAAAGAAAGCAUUGUGUUUUGGCAGGCCAGAGGUAGGUAGAAACCUUGCACUGUACUUUGUUUCUUCAAUGAAAGAAGGUCGGUUAUUUCAUAUUCUUGACAAAAAUAUUGAUGAGCCUAAUGUUGAGCAUCUUAAGGAAGUGGCACUAAUUGCAGAAAGGUGUUUAAGGGGGAAGAGUGAGGAAAGACCGACCAUGAAAGAAGUGGCAAUGGGACUUGAAGGAAUAUUAGUUAUUGAAGAGCAGUGUUGGGGAAGUGACAAUUUAACUUCAGAAGAGACUGAAAACAUGCUCAACGCAGCACAGUCUGUUAUCAAUGUCGAAGAUGGUGUAGGUGGGAGUGGCAUUAAUUCUUCGGACUCGUGUAGCAUAAACCAGAUUUCGAUGUCAGUGAUUGGUGGACGAUGA